CUUGGAGCAGGUUCUGCAAGAUGCCAAGCUCCACAGACAAAUCAAUUCGCUCAUCGUCGCUCAUCUUCGCGACAACAAUCUCUAUCAGGCUGCUAGUGUCGUUGCUUCCGCAACAAUGACAUCAUUGAAUGAUGAAGCCCCGCCUAAUAAGCUCCUUGAACUGGUUGCCAAGGUUUGUAUUUGCAUUUCAAGACUUAUUUUCCCCCUCUGUUUCAGUGUUAUUUUUCAUUGUUUAAACUCGAAAAGAAAGUUUUGAUUCUAAGGUGAUAACAGGGCCUUGCAGUGGAGAAAGAUGAGAUGUUGAGAGGGGUUCCGUCAGCUGCAUUUGAUUUGGGUACAUCAAUACCUUCUGGAUAUGGUUCAAUCCCAGCUCCUCGCACUGCUGCUGUUGAUUUUGGUGCAGUGCAGGAAACAAAAGGCUCAUCAAAGAGCUUCCCAAAACAUGAGACACGCCAUCUUUCAGAGCACAAGAUGUGCAAGGUUUAGUCCUGAUGGGAAGUUUGUUGCUACUGGAAGUUCUGACACAUCAAUAAAGCUUUUUGAGAUUGCAAAAAUUAAGCAAAUGAUGCUUCCAGAUGCAAGAGAUGGUCCUGUGAGACCUGUCAUUCGCACAUUCUAUGACCACUUACAACCUAUAAAUGACUUGGAUUUCCAUCCUCAGAACACUGUUCUUAUAUCGGGGUCAAAAGAUAACACCAUAAAGUUCUUUGAUUUUUCCAAGAUGACUGCAAAGAGAGCAUUCAGAGUCAUCCAGGAUACACACAAUGUGCGUUCAGUAUCUUUUCAUCCUUCUGGAGAUUUUCUUCUAGCUGAGCUCAUUUCAAGGAGCAGUGCAAUUGAGGCCACUGUUCACAAUACAGGGACUGAUCAUCCAAUUCCACACUUGUAUGAUAUCAAUACCUUCCAGUGCUACCUGUCUGCAAAUGCCCCAGAAAUCGAUGUUAACGGAGCAAUAAAUCAGGUCAGGUAUUCAGCUACAGGUGGCAUGUAUGUUACAGCUUCUAAAGAUGGUACCAUUCGUUUAUGGGAUGGUGUAACUGCCAAUUGCGUACGCUCAAUAGCUGGUGCACAUGGCACGGCGGAGGCAACCAGUGCAAACUUUACUAAGGAUCAAAGGUUUGUUCUCUCUUCUGGAAAGGAUUCUACUGUAAAGCUUUGGGAAGUCGGCACUGGAAAAUUGGUUAAACAAUAUCUAGGAGCUACACAUACUCAAUUGCGGUGUCAGGCUGUUUUUAACGAUACUGAAGAAUUUGUACUCUCCAUCGAUGAACCAACCAAUGAGAUUGUUGUAUGGGAUGCUCUGACAGCAGAGAAAGUAGCAAAAUGGCCUUCCAAUCAUAUUGGUGCUUUCCGUUGGCUUGAGCACUCACCAACAGAGGCAGCAUAUGUUACCUGUGGGACGGACAGAUCAAUCCGGUUCUGGAAGGAAAGUCUGUAAAGCCUGCAGAAAUCGGCUGGUGGCUUUCCUGAUGUGAAGAAAUGUAGAUUGAUCAUUUGACUUAGGAUUUACUCAUGUCCCGUAGAACUAGAUAAAUGAAUAGAGUGUAACCUACAAAUGAACCCCAACUUAAAAUGGUUCCAGUAUGGUCAGAUAAAGUGUUAUUUUGUUUUCUUUUCCGUUUUAGUUAUCAAGUCUUUCCGAUUUGCAUACUCUUCACUGUUCAAUUACCAGAUACAAUAAUUUUAAGAGUAAUCUAAAGUCUUCUCUUUGAA